AGAAGAAGAAGGAACGUUGAAUGUCUCCCAACUCAAUGGCUCUGGGUUAAAUGAUAAGCGGAACCUUUAGUCUGUAUUCUGUGCUUCCGACGGACUGUUUACGAAGUGACCACGCUCGUAUUGACAGAGUCGAACCUUUGGUUCUCAAAUCUGUAGCGCCGAGUUCAUCUAAUUCGGAAUCGUAAAGUCGAUGCAUAAAUGGAAACGAAAAUGUUUGGGGGUUUGCCAGAGUUGGGGAUAUCGAACGGCGAGGACCUGAAAGAAACUCUCACCAACUGCACCGAACCACUGAAAGCCAUUGAUCAAUUUCAGAUGGAAAAUGGCAUCUUGUUGCCAACUCUACAGUCCGCCCUUCCUUUUCUGGAUCUACACGGAACACCCCGAUUGGAGUUUCACCAGUCAGUCUUUGAUGAACUUCGGGAAAAGUUGAUGGAGCGAGUGGCUACUAUUGCUGAAGGCAAGGAGGAGGACAGAUAUGGAAAGCUUGAAGAAUUACUGGAGAAAAGCUUUCCACUGGUCAAAAUGCCAUCCAUUCAACCAGUGGUGAUGCAAGUGCUGAAACAUUUACCCAAGGUACCUGAGAAGAAACUAAAGAUGGUCAUGGCUGACAAGGAGCUUUACAAGGUGUGUGCUGUGGAAGUAAAAAGGCAAAUCUGGCAGGACAACCAGGCCUUAUUUGGGGACGAGGUUUCACCUCUCCUAAAGCAAUAUAUUGUUGAAAAAGAAGCAGCUCUAUUUAGCAGCGAUCUCUCUAUUCUACAUAAUUUCUUCAGCCCAUCUCCAAAAAUGAGACGUCAAGGCGAGGUGGUCCUGAAGCUGACCCAGAUGAUUGGGAAGAAUGUAAAACUUUAUGAUAUGGUUUUGCAGUUUUUGCGAACAUUGUUCCUACGGACCCGAAAUGUCCACUACUGUACUCUAAGAGCAGAACUGCUUAUGUCUCUUCACGACUUGGACAUAAGUGAAAUCUGCUCUGUUGACCCCUGCCACAAGUUCACUUGGUGUUUAGAUGCCUGCAUUCGUGAGAAGUUCGUGGAUGGAAAGCGGGCAAGAGAGUUGCAAGGGUUCUUAGAUGGGGUCAAGAAAGGACAAGAGCAAGUUCUUGGGGACUUGUCUAUGAUCCUGUGUGACCCAUUUGCUUCCAACACCCUGGUGCUGACAAUCAUGAGAAACCUACAAGAGCUUCUUAGCCAGGAUGCUUUACCUAGGGAUAGUCCUGAUCUGAUGUUGCUUCUGAGGAUGCUUUCUCUUGGUCAAGGAGCCUGGGAUAUGAUUGACAGUCAAGUGUUUAAAGAACCUCGUUUGGAUUUGGACCUUAUGACCCGCUUUCUGCCUGCCAUGAUGUCAGUGGUUGUGGAUGACCACACUUUCAGUGUAGAACAGAAACUUCCCAGUGAAGAAAAGACCUCAGUCUCCUAUCCUACAACUUUGCCAGAUGCCUUUACCAGAUACCUGCAGGAGAACAGAGUGGCCUGUGAAAUGGGUCUUUACUACAUUCUUCACAUCGCCAAGCUGAGAAACAAGAAUGCCUUACAAAGGUUGCUGCCUGCCCUAGUGGAGACUUAUAACGAUAUGGCUUUUGGUGACAUUUUCCUGCACUUGCUUACCGGACACCUCACGCUGCUCUCAGAUGAGUUCGUCGGAGAAGAAUUUUGUUUAGUUGUUUUUGAUGGCUUCCUGUUGACUACUUUUUCCAGUAAAGAAAACGUCCACAGACACACUCUACGUAUGCUCCUGCAUCUCCAUCAUAAGGUGUUGCCUUCAUAUAUGGAAACUUUGAUAAAAACUUUGGAACCUCCAAAACAGAGUAGUGAUCCUGUGAAGGAGUUACACAGCCAACUCAUAGAGAAGAUAGAAGCCCAGAAGAAGAGUCCUCCAAUGCCUGAAGAAACUCCAUCCCUGGAUCUCAGCCUUCACCCUGUAAAUGUUCCCACCACAGCCUCCACCCCAACUACACCUCUCUGAGAUAGAAUGGAUGCAUUUGAAUUGAGACUGAAUGUAGAUAUAGCUACAAGUUUUGUUAGAAAUACAAACAUGAGCCUUGGUGUUAUGAUUGUUUAUGUGUAUAAACAUUUCUAUAGAUUUCUUUCAUUGAUUUUUUUUAUGGUAUUGGUUUUCCAGCUUUUAGCUUUCUGCUUUCAAUUGUCAAUAUUUUUGUACUCAUGGGAGAAAUCAGAACAUUGUAUUUUUGUGUUUCAGUAGUCACCACCAAUGCAAAAAAAAAAAGAAUAAAACAAAUUUAGAGAAUAUGAUCUCUAAAGGAUUACACUGCCUUGUCACUCCAUCAGGAAAAUAAUGACAUUAAGAUAAAGCGUUGACAACACUAAAGUCACUACAUAAGUAUAACAGUAUUCCUGGAACAUUGUGAUCCACCUUUGGAAUACAUAAAGCAAUGCCAAAAACUGGGCAUCCAAGUGUUUGGGCAGUUUCGACUAAGGAAUAUUGAUGUUUAUGUGUGAGGGCGAGAACUACAAUUAACAUGCAGGUUUU